GCCCGGCUCGGUGGCCGCUCGCCUCUGGCGUCUGCGGAACCUUGCGGCUCGCGCGCUGCUCCUGUUUGUUUACCUCUCGACGCAACCGUGCGCUCCUCUCUCGCUCUCCAGUUCCUCCUUCUACAAACUGACUUUAAAAGGAGGCCUGUUCACACCAGCCACAUGAGGUCACCGCCCGAAUCGCACGUAGGCAGGGCGAGCCCGAGGGUUUUUGGUAGCGUCUGUGUUGUAAGAAUGACUUUUUGGCCCAAGGUGGGUUUUUUUUUUCUUUCUUGUUGUUGUUGUUUUAAAGCUCGCUGGCGGGCUCCCGGUCUGGCAUUUGGGACCUACUUGAUGACAUCGUGACUAACAAGUGAGGGUGCGAUGAGGAGAGCGUUCCCAGCGUGAGGAGGAGGAGGAGGCCAUGGGCUGCACCUCGGCCAAGCAGGUGUCGGCCGUGCCCAACGAAGACGAGGGACGGGGGAAGGCCUACAGCAAUGGAGACCUCUUCGCCGAUGAAUACAAGAUGAAGGCCGUGGAGGAGGUGAAGUACAUGAGAGGGGAGGAAAACCGGGUAAAUGUACGCAACCAGGAGAACGUGGAGAAAAGUAACGUGCAGCACAGGGGCAAGUUGCAGAAAGAGACGGCGACAAACAUUAAAUCGAACAUCCACACGUCAGAGAGCCAGCAGGAGUUCUUCCGGAUGCUGGAUGAGAAGAUUGAGAAGGGGCGAGACUACUGCUCGGAGGAGGAGGAGGAAGAAGAAGAAGAAGAGGAGGAGGAGGGGACAUAGCACAAAGGCCCGCCACCCACCCCUGCGCCCCCCCCCGAGACUUCACAGCAACUGAGACCCUCGCGGUGUGUAUGUGUGUGAGCGUGAGACUUGAAUCAGUAUUUUACCAGCGGGGGCGUGCAUGUGCGCCAUAUGGCAAAGUAAGUACUUUAAGUGUUUAAAAGAAAAACAAACAAACAUGACAGCGUGGGACAAAAACAGGACCCUUUUUCUCCCUGGACUUUGAGUGCACUGACAGGUGAAAGGACCGAGCCAAAUGGGGCACAAACGUGGCGGCCCACGGAGGUGGAGAAAAUUACAUCACGUCGUCACGCUGAACUUUAUCGGUGGACAAGCCUGACGGGAAGAUUUGGGGAUAUUUUAAUAAGAGGCAGGAGUCCCCUCCCCUUUUUAUUUUAUUUUUUUUAUUAUUUUUUUUUAGCACACGUCAAUUAUAAACAUGGAGCAGACUAAUGCAUCCUCCCUCAACACACACUCUUUAAGUUUACCAGCAGACAUUCAUUUUGUCAUCUAAUUAUUUUUUUUUUUAAAUCAUUUUAUAGUACACACACGCGCACUCUCAGGCACUGUAGCAACAAACAAACGAGGGAGGAUGAGGAUGGGGAGGAUGAAGAGGAUGCGUGGUUGCCGUGGAGACGCAGAUCACUUUUCUGUUGUUUUGUUUACCAGAGACUUCCUUGUUGUUUUUUUCUAUUAAAAUGAAAAUGGCAAAGCUUU